AUGAAUAGGGUGCUUUUAUUGCGUGUCUCGGACACCGGAGAGCCGGUCGUAAGCUGUUCAUACGGACAGGGUGUGUUGACGCUACCGGCGCUGCCGCUUCCAGAAGACUACGAUGGGACGCAGCCGCUUUUCACCAUCAAGCUGGUCAUUGCAGGCGGAUCUCCACUCGCACGUGACGGACUGGUAUGGACCAAUUGCCCAGUUGAUGGCAAGACACCGUUUGCGCGCGAACAAUUUUCGAAGAAAAAGAUCAAGGCCAGCUUUCACCGUGAUUCGCAUGUGGAGAUUGAGGUGUUCUCCCCGGGCGCCUUCUGUUUCUACUUUUCCUUCAGGAACGGUCAAGAUGAGCUGGAAACCACCCGUCGUUUCUAUUUUGUUUCCCCGCCAAGUUUGUACAUCGAGGGCAAAUACUUGCCUUUGAAUUCCGUUGCCAUGGAAUCUGUAAUUUCCAAGUGGAUGGGCUCCGACUGGGAUGCCAUUUUUCAAAAAAUCGCUUCCAAAGGCUACAACAUGAUACAUUUCACGCCGCUGCAGAAGAGGGGCGAGUCCAAUUCGCCUUACUCGAUUGCCGAUCAACUCCAGUUUGAUCCUGAAUAUUUCCCCAACAAUUCGGAUGAUGCGUUCAAAUUGAUAAAAAAGCUGCAUAAGCAGCAUGGGAUUUUGGCUAUGACUGACGUUGUGUUUAAUCACACGGCCAACAACUCAGAAUGGCUCAAGGAACAUCCUGACGCAGGCUACAACCACAAGACGGCGCCGCAUCUGACCAGCGCGAUCGAGUUGGAUACUGCGUUGAUGGAAUUUAGUGAAAAUUUGUCGUCGUUGGGCCUACCUGUUGAUUUAAAGAGUACUCAGGAUCUAUUCCGCAUUAUGGAUGGGAUAAAAGCGCACGUACUCGGGUCUUUAAAGCUCUGGGAGUUUUACACAGUGAGUCCCGAUGAUGCCCUAAAACUUAUUAAUUCCGACUGGAACUUGAUCUCUGAUGAAACCGUAGAGAUUCCAGAUAAUGUCAAGAAUGACCUCGUUGAGCUGGCCGCUUUCAUACGGGAAAAUGCCUCAAGUGAAGGUUUCGGGCAGCUCGGAGCAAGAUUCUCCAAUACUCUCGAUACAGCUAAAUUUAUUACGAUUCUCAAGUCUCUAUAUGGCCAAGAGCUUUCUGAAUUUGUCGUCGAAGAAGCACAUAAACUUAUUGACGAAUUGAAUCUGCCUCUGUACCGAGAAUAUGACGAUGAUGUGGGUGAUAUACUUGAGCAAUUGUUCAAUAGGAUCAAGUACAUGCGCCUCGAUAACCAUGGACCUAAGUUGGGAACUGUUACACCAGAAGCGCCUUUAGUAGAACCUUAUUUCACUAGGUUUAAGGCUGCUGAUGGGGAGGAUUACGCUUUAGCGAAUAAUGGCUGGAUUUGGAAUGGUGACCCAUUAGUUGACUUCGCCUCGAAUAAGUCAAGGGCUUAUUUGAGACGCGAAGUCAUUGUUUGGGGUGACUGUGUCAAGCUGAGAUACGGAUCGAAACCUGAAGAUUCCCCCUACUUGUGGGAUAGGAUGUCGAAAUAUAUCGAGAUCAACGCCAAGUUAUUUGAUGGGUUCAGAAUCGACAACUGCCAUAGCACUCCUUUACACGUCGGAGAGUACUAUCUUGACGUGGCGCGGAAACAUAACCCAAACUUAUAUGUUGUAGCUGAGCUUUUUUCAGGAUCUGAAGCUAUGGACUGUUUGUUCGUCGAAAGGUUAGGUAUAUCUUCACUAAUCAGAGAAGCCAUGCAAGCAUGGUCGGAAGAAGAGCUUUCGAGAUUAGUUCACAGACAUGGUGGUAGACCCAUUGGGUCUUACAAGUUUCUUCCUUUAGAUGAAUUUGCCUAUCCAUCCGAUGCCCACGACAUUGAAACUCACGACUUUAAAGGUGCUAACGAUAUUGAAGUCCACAUUCCUAAAAUAUUAACUGCUACUCCGCCACACGCACUGUUCAUGGAUUGCACACAUGACAACGAGACGCCUUUCCAAAAAAGGACUGUUGAAGAUACUUUGCCAAAUGCUGCUCUAGUAAGCCUCUGUUCUUCAGCUGUUGGAUCGGUGUAUGGGUACGACGAAUGUUAUCCCUACUUAUUGGACGUGGUAGGAGAAACCAGGAGAUAUAGCACGGAGAAAAGUGAUGGCAUAUCUGAGGUCAAGGCCCUACUUAACAAAAUUAGGGACGAGAUUGCCGAUGGUAGUGCAGAGAUAGAAGAUUCAGAGAUGCAUGUACAUCACGAUGGGCAAUACAUAACGUUCCAAAGAAACAACUCAAAGACCGGUAAGGGUUGGUUUUUGGUUGCGCGUACCAAGUUUAAUGAUAACCUUGGCGAUCAAAAAUUCCCUAAAGUGAUCUUCAAUGGAUCUCGAUGCGAACUCGAUUUUGCGUACUCUUUAGUCAAGACUGGUGAGUAUAGUAGGGAUGAAAAGAAUCUCACCGGAAUUCCCACUGAGUUGAGGAAACUAUCAGAUUUUCAUGUUAGCUACAAUGACGGUUCAAAACAGUCAUUCCUUGAAAUUACUGGUGAAUUUCCUCCGGGUUCUAUUGCUGUGUUCAAAACGCAACAAAUCGGGAUCGACAACAAAUUAUUGAGCUUCUUGAGGAGCGGAGCAUUGAAAGCAUCCGAACAUUUGAACUUAUAUUCUCUCAAUGCGUUACUCUAUCGCUGUGAUGCUGAAGAACGUGACAUGAGUGCGGGCUCAGUGGGUGCUUACAAUAUACCCAAUUAUGGUACACUGACAUAUUGCGGCCUGCAAGGAUGGGUUUCUGUGUUACGAAACAUUAUUUUUUCUAACGAUUUGGCCCACCCUUUAAGCGAACACUUGCGUCAGGGACACUGGGCCCUAGAUUACUUGGUCCAGAGGCUGGAGAAUUACAAGGGUGAAAGCGGCGUGUCGGAUAUGCAGCAGUGGCUGAGAUCUCGGUUCGAAAGAAUUAGACAAUUACCUUCCUUCUUGGUGCCAACUUAUUUUGCGCUUGUGGUAGGUACAGCUUACCAGAGUUGCAGAUUUAGAGCCUUGAAGUUAAUGAGUGAAAAUGUUGGCCAGUCGACUAGGUUCGUCCAGAGCUUGGCAUUGACUUCAAUUCAAAUGGUCUCCACAAUGUGUUCCACAUCGCUAAUCCCGGAAAAAAAUGUUCCAUGCAUGGCAGCAGGUUUACCUCACUUUUCUAGUAACUACAUGCGGUGCUGGGGUAGAGAUGUUUUUAUCGCUUUACGUGGUCUCUUGCUGACGACAGGUCGAUACGAUGACGCGAAGCAGCACAUAACUGCAUUUGCCAAAACACUCAAACAUGGAAUGAUUCCUAAUCUUCUAGAUGCGGGCCGUAACCCUCGUUAUAACGCUCGUGAUGCCGCCUGGUUCUUUCUACAGUCGAUUCAGGAUUAUGUGAGCAUUGUUCCUGGUGGAGAAGCUAUUUUGAAGGAGAAGGUGUCAAGGAGAUUCCCUCUUGACGAUACUUAUGUCCCAGAGGAUGACCCUAGAGCUUUUGCUUAUGAAUCAACCAUCGAAGAGGUUAUUUACGAGAUCUUGGCCAGACAUGCGAAGGGAAUCAAAUACCGCGAGGCCAACGCUGGGCCCAACUUGGAUAGGGUCAUGUCGGAUGAGGGAUUCAAUGUUGAAGUUCACGUCGAUUGGUCUACUGGCCUAAUACACGGGGGCUCGCAAUACAACUGUGGCACAUGGAUGGACAAAAUGGGGGAGAGUGACAAAGCGGGCUCCACAGGUGUUCCAGGAACUCCUCGUGACGGCGCGGCGGUUGAGAUAAAUGGACUUUUAAAAAGUGCCUUGCGGUUCGUGAUUGGUUUGAAAGAUAAGAAUUUAUUCAAAUUUGUCGACGUUGAGAAGGAGGAUGGCAGUAAGAUUAGUUUCUCCAGUUGGAAUUCUCUGUUACAGGAAAACUUCGAGCUUAAAUUUUUUGUUCCCUCAGAUCAGUCCGAGGAUGACAAUUAUGAUAUCGACCCUACCAUUGUAAACAGACGUGGGAUCUACAAAGACCUGUACAGGUCUGGGAAGCCAUAUGAGGACUACCAGUUGAGACCAAAUUUUGCGAUUGCGAUGACAGUUGCCCCAGAGUUGUUCAGCCCAGAGCAUGCGUUGACUGCUUUGAACAAUGCCGAUGAAAUUAUACGGGGCCCUGUUGGAAUGCGUACUUUAGAUCCCAGCGACUACAACUACCGUCCGUAUUACAACAAUGGCGAGGACUCUACAGACUUCGCUACUUCCAAGGGCCGCAAUUACCACCAGGGUCCAGAGUGGGUAUGGCUCUUUGGUUAUUUCUUGCGUGCCUACCACUAUUUCCACUUGGUGGCAGAUGCUCAUUGCCGGACAAGGGACGGUGUUCAUCCCUCUUCCUUUUUAUUGCAACAGCUGUACAAUCGUCUCGAGGGCCAAAGAAACGCAAUUUUCGAGAGUCCCUGGGCUGGGAUCACGGAAUUGACUAACAAGGAUGGAAGCUAUUGCGGUGACAGCAGUCCCACACAGGCUUGGAGUACGGGUUGCGCGUUAGAUUUCUUUUACGACUUGUGGAACACUGAAAAGAAGGGACUUGAUCACACAGCCGGCGCUUGA